UCUGUCGGACCGCAUUGACGGACGGACCAAACACAGUUUACCACCUGAAUUUAAACCAAUGGAGCUAAAAUCUGUCAGAAACUUGGAUUAAAAAUGAAGUUUCGGGGGAAAAUAAUCGACAUCGCUUGUUUGAACCACUUCACCAGAGUGGUGACCACCAUCUCUAAGCUGACGAAGACCUGCGUCCUGCGGCUAACCCUGGACAACCUUUUCUUCAUCCUGUCGGGUAAAGUGACCAACGGAGGAGUCAGCAUGUGGUGUGAACUGCUGCAGACCAACUUCUUCCAUGAGUACCAGAUGGAGGGCGUGUCCUCAGAGUUCAAUGAGAUCUGCUUGGAGGUGAGUCCAGAGAACCUGUCCCGGGCCCUGAAGACGGUCCAGUGUGCCAAAUCUGUGAAGAUAAAGCUGACCAAGAAGCACUGCGCCUGUCUGACCAUCGCUGCUGAGCUGCCCACCCUGUCCAGCAUCAGCAGAAUCGUCACUCACGACGUUCCCGUUGACGUGAUUCCUAGAAGACUCUGGCAGGAACUCAAAGAACCCAGCAUGCCGGACUUUGAUGUGAGUAUCUACCUUCCUCCUCUGAAGACCAUGAAGAACGUUGUGGACAGGAUGAAGAACCUCUCUAACUUCCUGGUAGUCGAGGCCAACCUGAACGGAGAGAUGAACCUGAAGAUCGAGACCGAUCUGGUUUCUGCCACCACUCACUUUAAAGACCUGGGGAACCCUCCAUGGGGAGACGAGUCCUCCCAGGACGGAGGUCCGUCUCAGAGCAGAGACCCAGAGUUGAUGGCCGAGGCCACGGUGGACAUCAGGAAGCUGCAGCAGUUCCUCGUGGGGCAGCAGGUCAACCCCAGCAAGGCCAUGUGCAAUAUCGUCCAUCAGAACGUGGUCCACCUCAUCCUGCUCCAUGAAGACGUGUCUCUGCAGUAUUUUAUCCCUGCUGUGGCCUAGAUCCCCUACAGAUAACCUGGUUCUGGUCCUGCUCAGUGAGAGAAGAACAGGCUGGGAGCUGGUUUCUCUACCUGACAGAGGAGGAGCUUUAGGUCCUCCAUGGAGACUUGAAGAAGAUCGUACCUGCUGAACUCUGGUGCAUUAAGCAUUAGAUGUAUAACUCAGUUUCUAUGAGGGUUCAUUCUGAUUAAAAACUGUCUGAAACAGUGAAAUUCCUGCUGGGAUGUCAUGUAAUAUAAUACUAUAUAAAGAUAUUUACUGUU